AUGCCUCGUUCGGAUCCGCCGCCUGCUAGUCGACGACUCCGCUCAGCCACAGUCUCUGUUCGCCCGCUGCCAGUCCCACCUCCCGGCCAGACGCAGAGCUUUGGAUUCGACGACCGCAGAGGAAAGCGAGUCUGCGCGCAUGCACGAGCAGAGGAGAAGGCGGAGAAACGGCGAGGGGCGGUGCAGACAGGAGCGAACGAGCGGGAGGGACGGUCGAACGAAGUGCGCAAGACCGACACGCUUGCCUCUUCCUACGCCCCGCAGACGAGCAGCUCCGACAUAACGACACUGUCUCGCUGCAGCUCUUCGCCCUCCACCCGUUCGCCCGGCCGCGAGGUCCCUCCUCUCCCGCAACCCAUCCCUAUCGCAAGCCGUCCUGCUCUUCACCGCCGGCAUUCUUCGGUCGACUCUUCGACCAUUCCCUCAUCUCUCUCCCUCCCGAUGUCGAAUGCGCCAAUCGCGCCGGCUUCCUUGCCCUCUUCCUCGCGACAACGAUCCUUCCUCGCAGCAGUCUCGGCCGCACCCUUCUCGAAUCUCGUUCCCGUUUCCGACUCCGCCAGCAACUCGCGCACUAUCGACAGCUACACGGCAAAGCGACUGCCGCAGCGGAAAGUGACGACGUUGACGGUGGGCGAAGGCGAGCCGGCUCGCGUCCUCAGGCGCAAGGCUUCGGUGACGAUCAGUGGCGCUGCCGAGCAGACGAAGCGUCUCGACAGAUCGCCCUCGGCCCUCGACAUCCGCCGGCCGACGAGCAGAACUUCCACCCUCUCCUGCCUAUCCCUCACGCACAUCCCGCGCCGGGACUUUUUUCCACACGACACCCCCUCUCGCGCCUCCAUUACCGACGAUAGCCUCGGCAAUGGCGUCGCUGAGCAGCGAAGCGGUGACGAGCGCCACCUUCGCCACAACUCCUUCUCGCGCGCAACUCAGCAGACCCAGCAGCAACCGGUCUGCUCUCACAGACUCGUCUUCUCCAUCCGACAGCGACUCGAGCAAGUCGGCUUUCCGCAGCGGGAUGCUCAAGCUGAAGAAGUCGACGGCGAGUCUGCGAGCAGCGCUAAGGUCCAGCUCGCACAAGCACGACAAGGCGCCGCCUCUCCCUCUCCAAAUACCCUCAUCGUCGUCGACUUCCUCCUUUGGCGAAGAGAACCUCGUUACGCCGCCCCUGCCAACCGCGAAGCCGUUGCAACCCGCUACCGACUUUCCCGACUCACGACAACCACCUACUUCGCCUACAACGCCGCGACGCAGCCGCACACGACCUCGCACGAGCCAGCAGCAGACCGCCAACGUCUCGCAAGAUCGCCUGCCGCGGCACUGCUCGCGUACACUCCGUCGGGCGGCAAGUACGAGCCAGAUUGGCCGUCGCCUCCCCGUCUUGCCGGAUACUCGGCCACCUUCACCGCCGCCAGUACCACGAGCAGCACGGACGCAGUAGAGACAGGCGGACAGAGGAGGAGGUUGCUGCGGAGAUGA